AUGCCCAAUCGUACACUGUUUUUAGAUAAAUGUUCAAUGUAUUUUACAUUGAAAAGUUUAUUUAAAAUUCCUCAAUGCUCCUCCUCCUCCGAUAAUGAAUUAUCAAUUUCUUCAUCAAUAAUUACCAAUAAUUCCUCCUCACUCAAUAAUUCAACUAGCAAUAAUAAUUCACUCCUCGAACAACAACAACAACAACAACAAUUUUUAAAUGAUUCUACUUCAUCAUCUCCUCCACUUCAACCAUCAUCAUCAUUGGCAUCAACAUCACAAGAAGAUAAUUCAAAGAGGAAAUCAUGGUUUUUCAAUAGAAGAAAUAGUACCAAGUUGAAAGGUACACCCUCCACCAAUCAAUCAUUUGUUAAUAAUACCACUAGUACGACUAGCUCUCUUCCCAAUAAUAAUUACACAAAUAAUAAUUUAUAUAAUCAUAGUAAUAAUAAUAAUAAUAAUACUUCGAAUAUAGUAAUAUCAACAACAAAUGGUGAUGGAGGUGGUGUAUUUUCGAUGAAUGAUUUUGAUUCAAAGAGAAAGAGUACUUCAUCAAAUGGAUUUGUUCAUACUCCUUCCAAUAAUUCAUCAAGUUUACAUCGACAAAUUUACUCCUCAAAUGGACAACCACCUCCAUCACUAUCAUCAUCACUCAAUAAUUCUCAAAAUAAUUCCAAUAGAAAAUCAACCAACACAACACCUGAAAAGAGAAGAUCAAUAUUUAAACUCUUUUCUCCAUCCACAACAUCAUCAUCAACUCCUCCCAAUAAUAAUAAUAAUUCAUCUCAAACUUUAUCCUCUUCUAGGUAUUCGGUUAAAUUUUCAAAGAAUAACAAACCAAAUGAUUCUCCAAAUGGUAAUAGUACUAUUAGUAAAAAGAAGAGGAAGGCAAAUUUUGUAAUUCUCAUUUUCAUUAGAGGAAUAUGGUGUGAAGAAUGUGUAAAUUAUUUACAACAAUUAGAUAAAAUUCUGUGGGAUAAAAUUUCAAAAGAAUUUGGAGGAAAUAUGGCUGCCAUCAUUUCAGGAACAAGAGAGCAAGCCAUCCAAUUAAAAAAUCAAUUAAAUUUGAGAUUUGAAAUUGUGAGUGAUGAAAGAAUGAUUCUGGCAGAAAAGUAUAAUAUGAAUUGUGUCAUGAAAGGUUCAAUAGUUUACAAUAAGGUUGAAAAUAUGUACAAGAAUAGAUACAUGACAAAAACUGGAAGUACAAUUACAGAUUAUCUAUUUGAAAUUAUUGAAUUUAUUGAUAAGAAACAAGCUCAGAACAAUAGAAAGAAAAAAAAUAGAAAACAAAAGAAUGAACAGGAUUCAAAUCAGAAACGAACAAAAAUCCAGCAACAGAAACAACAUAAUCAUGAAGAUUACAAAGAUCAUUACAAGAGGGAUUCACACGAUGCCUUUUCAAGUACCACCAAUACACAUAAUAGAAAUACGAUUGGUAGUGAAUUGAAUGAUAUUUCACUAAUUAUUAGUGAUGAUGACAAUGAUGACGACUCACCUAACAAUGUAAAUAAUAUUGAAAUUGAUGAAAAAUUUAUAGUGGAAUUUUUCGAAACUAAAUGGAAACAAUUAUUCAAUGUAGAUAACAAGCUAAAUACUGGAUUUACUCAACCUGGAGUUUUAAUUAUCAAUAGAAACAAGAAAGCAAUAUAUUCAUGGAAGGAUGGAUAUUCACUCACACAACAACAAGAACACGUUCAACAAUUAAUUCUCCAACAAGAAAUGCUAAGACAACAAGAGGAACAGAAAACCAGAGAACUCGACAAUUUUCUAUCAGAGUGGGAUUUUAACACUUGGCUCAAUGAAAAUUCACACGAAUUAAUCUCUCAAAAUAAUUCAUUAGAAUUCAAUGAUUCCCACAUCAAGAAACAUUUGAGUGAUGAAAUUAAAAAAGCAUUUAGAAAGACCAUCUCCAAUCCAUCCUAUGUAACUCAUUCACAAAGGAAUUCACUCUCACACCAUUUGAGAAAUUCCAUUUCACAAUCAUCACCAGCCAAUACCACCAACAAUCUCCUAAUGAUUAAUAGUAACAACUGGGGAAGUAAUAAUAAUAGUAGUAAGAGUCCAACUACACCUUCAUCAUCUGUUGGAUCUCCAAGUAGUAGUAUUUCAGAACGUUUGAAAAAGCACAGUUUAAGUAAUGAUGAUGUUUCUAGUAUCCCAAGUGGCUCGCUUGUAGCCAAUUUACAAAUAGCAAAAGCAUCAAAUAAUCUUGUUGGAAUUGAAAGAAGAGACAGUCAUAUUGUAAAGAGGAGACCUAGUUCAGAUCCUCUCAAGUCUUUUUUUAGAGAGGAAAUUGACAAACAAGAAAAAUUACAAGCCAAGGAACAUAUGAAAAAGAAGUCAGGACAUGUCAGUUUCAAUUUUAUAGCAAGCUCUAACAAUUCUCAUGCUUCAAAAACCAAUUUACUUAUUGAUAGAUCAUUUGUUGAAGAGAGAAUUCCCCCAAAACAUUUAUUAACCAUUGUUGAAUAUUAUUUGUCAGUACAAGAAAAUUAA